AUGCAUGCAUGUUGCUCGCGCGGCCACGGCCGCAACGACGCGUCGCCGGCGGCGCUCACUCGAGCCCGAGCCCUCCGCGACGGCAACGCCAGGUCGUCGCGUCCGCCCCGCCAGCCCUUGAGCACGCCUCCCGCAUACCGAUGCCUGCACUCGGCGCUCCUCCACAGGCUCUCGCCGUCGGCCCCGGCGCGCUGCGACGGCGCGCCGCCGGCUCCCACCGCGGCGUCCGAGCUGGAGGGAAAGGUCGAGGAGCAGGCGGCGGCGGCGGAGGCGCACUCAGCGCAGCUGCAGCAGCUGAGCGCGGAGCACUCGACGCAGCUGCAGCAGGCGGCGGCCCUCCUGGAGGCGCAGGCGCGCGAGAAGUUUGAGACGGCGGUCGCGCACGAGAGGGUGAUUGCGCGCGAGGCGCAGGAGCAGGCGGUGCUCGCAGAGAGGCUGGCGUAUCUCUCCGCCCUCAAGCAGCUCGAGCUCGACGUCGACGUGCUCACACGCGUCCUGGCGCCUACUGUAUACUUGAUGCAGAGCUUUCCGACGUCAUUGUGUUUGCCGCUCCGCGCUCGACGCCCGCCGCCGCGCGCGCCCGCGCGCCACCCCUUUUGCGCAGCAACACCUUAA